UGUAUAAAUACAGGCAUGAAUAAGGGUUUUACCAAAGGAGAGCAAGAAGAGACUCGAGUAUCACAGCCUGUUAUAUUUACGGAUUGCAAAAUGAGUGGACACGCAGAUAAGCAAAAGCCUUGCGUAAAGGAUGGUUCAAGCUCAGAGAGCUCUGGAGAUGAAGGUGGAAAGGGAAAGGGAAAAGGCAAAUGUCAUGGAAAGGGAAAAGGACAACAUGAACAACAAGGACAACAAGGACAACAUGGACAACAAGGACAACAUGGACAACAAGGACAACAAGGACAACAAGGAAAACCAAAACAACAGGAAAAAGGUCAUGGUCAAUGUCACGGAAUUGAACAGCAAAAAUGCAACAAAUGAGUUCAAGGCCCUGGUGAUGCUCAACUGCAUGUUGAAUCUAAUAAAUUGAAUUAAAGCAUCCUUAAACAAA